CACCGGUCUCACCUCAAUUCCAUUCAACUACUUGGACUAGUGUCUAGUAAGCAUCUCAAGAUAUAUGGUGUGGAACCUGUGCUAAGAGCAUUUCUUAGAGACCUUCAAAAAUUAGAACAGGUUGGUGGCUAUGAGUUUAUAAUAAAUAAUCAGCGAAGAUGCUUUGCAGGAACAAUUGCAUUUAUAUCUGGAGAUAAUCUUGGUUCACAAUAUCUUGUUGGGUUUAAGCAAGGAUCACAGUCUUACAGAAAAUGCAGAGUCUGUAUGGGAAAUGCUACAGAAAUAACUGAAAUGUUUCAUGAGGAUGACUUUUUUUUGCGAACAGUGCAAGGUUACAAUGAGCAGUGUCAAAAACUGGACCAAGGAGAGCAUUUCAAAAAAACUUAUGGCCUGAAUCAGUUUUCUUUACUUAACAACUCAAAGUACUAUCAUGUCAUUGGAGGACUCCCCCCAGAUGCUAUGCAUGAUAUACUGGAAGGUGUGCUACAAUACAUUGUUAAAGAAUUAUUAAAAGAAUUCAUCUUUGAAAAGAGAUACUUCAAACUAGACGACCUUAAUAAAAGGAUGCAGGCAUUUGAUUUUGGUUAUCAUAAUGAUACCAAUAAACCUGCUCCAAUUCAAGCCCAAAGACUUCUUUCAUCAGACAAUAGUUUAAAGCAGCACGCAAAUCAGAUGUGGUGUCUUGGCCUACAUUUGCCAUUUCUUAUUGGUGACCUUAUAGAAGUAGAUGAUCAGCACUGGGGGUUACUCUGUACCUUACUUCAAAUUGUUCGUAUAAGUUUUACUCCAAUUGUGAGCAGAGAGCAAGUUUCAUAUCUUCAAAUACUCAUUCAAAAGUUAUUACAAAAUUUUAAAGAAUUGUUUCCAGAAUGCAGUAUCAUUCCAAAGAUGCACUACAUGGUUCAUAUGCCAAGAGCAAUACUUCAAUUUGGGCCUCUUGUGCGAAGUUGGUGCAUGCGCUACGAAGCAAAACACCAUUACUUUAAGAGGUUGGCAAUAGUGAUUGGUAAUUUUAUAAACCUACCAUACUCGUUGGCAAAGAGGCACCAAGAAGGAGUUUGUUAUCGCCUACAGUCUGCUGAAGGUGGAAAUAGCACGUUUAUUUGCAAAGGCACUGAAAUUGGGCCAGGUGCAUUUCUUAAUGAUUUCUUUCAUUCAGAUACAAUAUAUAGUUAUAGCUCAAUGGUGCAUCCAUUAUCCUGAGUUGGUUUUAUUUUUUAUGUAAGCUACAGCUACAGUAAUUAGAGAAACUUA